UUCUAACUUUUGAGCAUUAUCACACCUCAGUCUUAAAACAAUAGAAAAAUAAAAAUAUAUGACACAUAGAAAAUCUAAAAAAUAAAACAAUACUAAAAUCAUGCACCACAACUGCAUAGUAACCCACUAGUGUGCAAAUCUAGAUAUCUUGGUGUGGCCCAUAGACUGUAUAUACUAUGGACAACUUGGUUGUGCCUUCCGCCAGUAUACAGAGUUGAAGACAAAAAGCUUCAAGCGGUAAUUCCUCGAUUUUUCUCCAUUUCCUGAAACCAACAUUGCGCAUUGAAUGCACACCACCACUUGUGCAGUAGCAUUUGAACGCAUUCGGCGGGAGAGUCGCUGUGAUGACGCUCGGCACAAACAUUGUAUCCCCCAGGUGAGCAACGCAAUCUUCGUACCCUCAUAGGCUGUAUCAAGUGUUAAUCAUAGAAAACAUGAACCCCCUAAUAACUUUAAAAAAAUGGAGCUGCACAGAAAAAAAGAGGACUUGAUCACAAACCAGUCUUACAGUAACUACAUGUCAACAUCGCAACCAGGAGGGAAAAAAAAUGUAUAUUCUGAGUAAUAAAUUUCUAAAGUUUGUCCACAGCUCCAUAGGGAUUGCUGGAGGAGGCAGGAUUUAUGACCUAUACUGCAGCCCGUCACCAGAGGGUGCUGUUCUCAGAGUGCCUUCACCCAGCGAGGAGGCAGACUCUGUCCAUUCUAUAUACAGUCUAUGGUGUUGCCCCAUUAAAAAAUAUACAAUUAUGUUAUAGAGGCCAUUCAUUAAACCUUUUUUGGCAUUAAGAAGGUACGUGUGCUUACCUUUUCUGUCAAUCAAACAUUUCUCGUGCAGGACAAUGUAUUACUGUAUCAUCGUCAUCAACCUUUAUUCAAGCCUAGAAAAUCAUUGAGGUUUCAUUCAUUCACAAUGAUGUUGCGAUACAAUUAAAAUACAUCCAAAUAAACCAAAAAGAGUAGUAUUCAUUAAAAACAGCUGAACACUAAGAUGAGGGGAUUUGAGAUAACUGACUUGAAUAGUCAAAGAGGAAUAAGAGCGUCCAUCUUUAGAGAAGUUCCUUUUGUAGGAUGUGUCAAGGCUGAAUACAAAACAAUGCACAGAUCUGCACUGCUAGCCAAGCAUAGCCAGUUUUAUUAACAAAUGAAAUAAAAGACUACCAGGUGGAUGUAAGACUGACAAUGAAUCUUUACAAAAUGAAAGAACUUCUAGUAUAAAGUUAGGAAAUCAUGACGAGUCCAACCUUUCCCUCAGUUUAAUCCCCACGAACAAUGAGCUGCCAACACAUCAAAAAAUUUGGAUGUUAUCUUGCAUUGUCUCUUUAAUUACUUCCUCUAUAGUGGCUUUUUUUGUUUUUCAGUUUCAUUCCAGACACAGAGUUUUUGUUCUGUAUAUUUUGCUGACAAUAUUCCAAAUUUCACCACAGAUACAGGAAGUUGUUUGCAAAUUACAUAAGAUCUGUUUGAUAGUGAUUUUAGCGUAUCUGGUCAUACAUUUAUGUGACAUUGUGAUUGGUGAGAAAACAUUCAUAAUGCAAAUGUGUAAAAAGCAGAAGGGCGAAUUUUGUGCAUGAAGACAACUGUUAAAUCCCUGUAAGGGUGGGAUGUGUCAUUUCUGACUUCAGCGCUGACUUCUUUAGAUUGUGAUGUGCUGACGCUCUUAAAUCCAACUGAAUCCUCAUAAAACUGCUCAAUUAAAUCCAAGGUAAUAAUGCUUGUGUGAAGUACAGCAAUGCAGUGAUAAAGAAGGGAGGGCUGCAUGUCUUGCAGAUUGUGGAUGGGGAGCUGCAGCGGACAGGAGUCCUCUGCAAUAAAUUUUGAACACUUUUGUGGCACUGCUGAAUUUACUCAGAGAGAGAAAAUAACCAAUUAAAAGACAGUUUUUCUUUGUAAGGGAUAUUUUCGAGAGGUGGAAAACUGAUAAGGUGAUAAAGACUUGAAUGUAUUUGGGAAAUCAAUCAUUUCAACUAAACAAAAUAAUAGUUGUCAUUUGUAUAGUACAGCUAAUGUUUAAGUCCACAUCAUUGGAAGAGGAGUGUCCUUUGCAGCAGCAGCAGCAGCAGCAGGAGACCCUUCCAGUAUGCGCUCCACUUCUCCUUACCCCCCUUCUAAUACCACCCCCCUCCUUCCAACACCCCUGCACUCCCUCGCUCUCACUGCACAGAGUAAACCCAGAGCCUGCAGUAGUGCAUGAUCGCUCUAACCUAAAAGAUCCAUAUAACAGGCGGAGAGGACAAAGAGACCAAACUGCCAGGCUGAGAGAACAACUUCAGAAAAACCGGCGCUGGACAAGAGAGCAGGGGUCAAAUUCUAAGAGGCAUUGGGAAAAAAAAUCACCUUCAGCAGAGCAGCAGCUGGUCCCAAACUUGAAAGCAGCAGAAGAGGAGAAAGAAGAGGGCUGGACAGAGAAGAGGAGGAGAGAAAAGUGACUGGAAUGAUAAGAUGAGAAGGUGAGUUAUAGACAAAUUCAAACACUAUUUUUACACACACAUUCUGCCACACCCCAGCUCAACUCACAUGUACCGCAGUGUCGAGCUCCUGGCCGUGUCUUUGCUUGCCUUUGCAGCAGCUGAUGCAUGAGUUCUCUGUGGAGUCAUUAAUAAAACCCAUCUAUUGAGCUACUUCUCCUCCUCUGGGAGCCUGGGACUGACUGCUCUGAUGACUGAAGACACAAACUGAUGCCAGGGGAAAUGACUACAGGGAUUUGUCAGGCGCUGUGAUGAAUGAUAUUCUUGAAUAGACUUGAAAUAUCAUCCUACAGACCAGGUCAAAUGUUUAUCAGUUACAGAAAAGGACACAUUUUGCCUCUUCACUGAUAGUAUAAUUGCACAGUUUGUGUAUUUCUUUAAAAAGAUCUGCUCCAGGAUCCCUCCAAACAUUCCUGCAGGCAUCCUGCAGGGUCAGAGGAGUACGUUUAAUCUGAAUGUCUGUAUCUGCAAGCAAUGCAGUGAUGUGCAGCAAACACUGAGCAGCCUUCUAUGAAUGCACAAUUCAGGAAGGAAAGAGAGAGAUCCAAGCAGAGGGUGGAGCUUUGUAGAAAAGAUGAAAUGUUUUAUUUAGCUAUGCAGUUCCUGUGCAUCUCUGUAAGACAGAAAAUACUGUAUAUGUUCCUGUGCUCACUAUUAAGACACUGCUAGCACCACAUCUGUAAAAGUGCACCUUCAAAUUUUAUAGGAAAAGACUACCUAGAAUUGGUUGAAUCAUGUUCAAGAGAUGAAUAUUUAAGAUUGGGAACGAGAUGAAAUCAAUUUAAGAAUUAAAACUGAGUCGAGACCAAGAAAACAAGACCAGAAAGGUCUGACAUUUGAUGGAAAUAUAUGGAACAUACAAAUCAAAUGUAAUCCAUAUGGAAUACCAACAAUCCUACAAGAAAUACCCAAGGAAAACACCAAGGAGAAGUGAUGUCCCUGAACUUGUGGUCUUGUCAUUCUUGUGAUUUAAGACUUUAUCUGAGGCUAGACAGGUUCAUCACUGGAGUAUUGUAAGACAACACUAACAUCCCUGUCUCCUUGUCUUUCUUCUAGCAGGCAUGUGCUGCUGAAACUUUCCCCUCAUGAGACCCUCCUGGAAUUCCUUCUUCUGCUCUCUCUGGGGCUGCAAGUCCUGGCGGUAUGUCCUUCCUUGUGCACCUGUAGCCACAGCCACCGGGAGGUAGACUGCUCCUGGAGGGGUCUGAGACAAUUGCCUGACAACCUUCAGCACAACAUACGUUCCCUCAACCUGUCCCACAACCGGUUCCACAAUCUGGACGGCCAGCUCACCACGCACACCCAUCUACGUUUCCUUGAUUUGUCUCACAACCGGCUGAGCCAUCUACCGACUGGCUUGCCUCGAUCUUUGUGGAACCUCUACGCCUCCUCCAACCGGCUCCAGCUGCUGGAGAAGAAUGACACGGUCUACCAGUGGAAUCUGCGAAUGCUCGACCUCUCUAACAACAGGCUGGAGCGAGCCAUCUUCAUUAACAACACACUGAUUAAUCUGUGCACCCUCAACCUGAGCCACAAUCACCUCCGAACUUUACCCACCAACCUUCCUGCACAACUGGAAACUAUUGACCUGUCUCACAACUCACUUGCCAAGGUGCUGCCAGGCUCUCUGGACCGCCUAUUGAAGCUAGCUCAGUUAUAUCUGCAUGCUAACAACUUGCCCUCACUGCCAUAUGGAGUGUUUGACAAGUUGGUGUCACUAAAAGUCGUCACCCUUGGCGAUAACCCUUGGGACUGCCAUCUUUACGCGGAUGUCGCCUACCUACGCUCUUGGUCGCAGCGUACCUCUACACGCGUCCUGGGCUGCCCCUGCCACACCCAGCCUACCUGUGGAGGGAUGCGCCCCAGCAGGACUGGAGGAUGGCACUUUGCCCCCUAUAACCUGCCCCCUUUGGCAGCGAGCGCUCAGGACCAGGGCUCCGUGGCUCCAGAAGCUAGCGUCACCGGGUGGUGGUAUGUGUCAUCUUCGUCUCUCCAAAGCACUCCAAACGCCCCUCAAGAGAUCCCGAACACACUACUCAACAACUUCAGAACCACAUCCGCUAGCUCCUCCACUUUAGCACCAAGAAGCACCGGCAAACACCGAACUAUCAAUCAUCUUUCUAUUGCAGAGCACAUGCUACAUACAGAUUACUAUCUCGUUUCUCCAACAACUGCAGAUUCCCUCCACACUUCCGACUUGCCCUUAGUUUCUGACACCAGCUUCAUUACUUCAAGCAGAGCUGACAUGACUCCUGCAACAGACCGCUUCUUCACAACAGAGAGCCCCACCACACAGACAAAGAGAACAACCACGCUUCGCACGAGGAGUGUGAGACGGCAUAAUCAGUCCAGUCCUCGUGGAAUUGGCAACAGCAGCCCGGCUCACCCAACCUACUCUUUGCCUACUCUCCUGCACAACCUGCUGCUGCUGCUGCUUCUCAUUCUGCACCCAUGCCUAUGAUAAAAAACAGAAAAAACAUUUGACAGCCUGGUUUUCAGUCUGAAUCCAUAGCACAAACAAAAUCAGCACAAGACUUUUGACUGUUGUUUGUAUAAAAUGUAAGAUGUCAAAGCAGAAGGCCCUUUACAAUACAAGGCUUUGUGAAAAGUUUCAUAACCUUGCUAGACUGAGUAUGAUAAGAUGCGACUUUCAUGAUACUUGGUUAAAAAAAAAAAAGAAGAAACAAGAAGCAUUAUCUGUUUUAAUAAGCUUUUUUUCCAAGCCUCAACACAAAGGUCCUGUUUACUGCCUGCAAAAGAAAGAUGUAAUGAAUUUAGAUUAGCACAUGGUGGCACUAUACAUUCAGAUAUCAUGGAGCUGAAUUUAGCCUUGUGCAGAUAAACUCAACAGCUUUCAACCAACCACUUCUUUAUUUUCAUUUAUCAUUUUUUCCCCACUACUAUGGCCUUGACUGUGGCCUUGAUAGUAUAUCUUUUAAAUUUAUUGCAAAUGCAUAGGCUUUGAAAAAAAAAAAAAAGUAUGACAUUUCAAGCUUCUAUCUACAAAUCCUGAGCGUUUACCCUGUUUGUAAAGAUUUACUCUAAGCCUUCCUGUUUCUACAUUUCUCACCAGAGGAGCAGUCUUCUCUGGGAACAGGGUGUGCAGAAGAAUCCUGUAAUGACACAUACAGUGUAUGAGAACUGAUUCAGAGCACAGGUAAAAAAACAAACGGAGAGUGUUGCAUCACUCUCUUUGUUAAACUCUGCAUACUUCUGUAUUUUGAUCACAUCUCUGAUUUAAGUGUCCUUCAUGGUUCAGUGACGCUGGUGAAAAUGAUCUGCAUGGUGAAUGAACGUUCCAGGAAUGCUAACCUAACGCUAUAUUACUGCAGAAAAUUAAAGCGCCGACAUUCUCAGCUCCUUUAGAUGAAAUGUAAAGAUACUCCACACUGCAUUAAACAGAAAUAAUAGUAAUCUUCCAGCUUGCAGGUUUUUAGAUUUUUGAAAAAAAACAAAAACAAACAUGCUUAAAUAAGUAGGAAUUGCACAUCAACAGACUUUUUUGAUAAAAUAAGAAGAGCUAAGUUCUCAAAUUGAAUAAAAUGUGCUAAAUUUUUGUCUCUCGAUGAUGAUUGUGUAUUUCUUUUUCUCAACUGCUCUUUUUCUUUUGGCACAUUUUCUUUACUCUUAACUGCAUGACUGCUUUCUUUUGUCUUUAACGUCUUCUUUUAGUCCUUGACCAAACCAGAGCUGAAGUCUCCUAAAAAAGUUUAUAUUUAACUCUUUAAAAAGAGUGUGAGACAAAUUGCACUGAGCACAAAAACACAAAGUCCAGUCACUCCUGCACCUACCUGCCUUUCUAGACAACUGAAAUUAUUAAACCCAGUGAAAAACUAUGUUUACAUCCCUGCUGAAUGGAAAUAUAGCUGGUGAGAUAUUAGGCCUGUAUAGUGUGUGCUUUUUGUAUGACUUUAUUGAAGUCUGAGGGGAAGUGAAAGCAAGUGACAUGCAGAAACAUCUGUUGCAAAAAACCCCGGACUGCCUCCAGGGCCUGUGAGGCACAGAGAGGUGUGAGCCUGUUGAACAGGUGACCCUGUGCUUCAGUCAGACAGUCCCUGGAAAGGCAAUUUGGAGUCACUGUGGGCCAGGCAUCACACAUCAUGUCAACAUAUGUGGCUGUUCUUCUCAAAUCUGUAAAUACACAGAUGAUGUCCAACACUUACUUUAUGUCCACACUAAACUUUUCGAGGCCAUUUCUGAACUGAAAUAUGAUGGAGGGGUGGUGUUUCACAGGCAAAUCAGAUAUCACAGAGAUUUCCAAAGGAAUGAAUGGACUGAGUGUACGUAGGAGGAAACAGGGCAUCAGACCUGUGUGGGUGGCUAGAACAGGGGAUCAUUGGAUUACCAAGUCAUAUAAAGGUUCAUUUCAGCAGCACAAAGAUUUUAGAAAUACUUUGGUAUCAUGUUGAAUCAAAACAUAAUUAAAGGUACAGUGUUUGGUAUUUAGUAGCAUUUAGCAGAAAAGUCUUAGAAAUGGAAUCUAAUACUCAAAAGAUACAGCUGAAUAUAUAAAUUGAGCCUUUUAGAUCAACAUAAAACUGAGUCCAAUUCGAUUCUACGAUAGACAGGCUUUUUGCUGUUUUUGAUGGUAAAAACUUGACAAAUAAUACUUAUCAUGCACCGCAGGAGCUUCUUCUUCUCAAAGGCCACCGAGGCUUCACCAACAAGAGGGGUAAGCAAGGGAGCAUCGAUCCACGAUCUGACAGCCAGAUGCUGUUGAAUAUUUUCAUUUCUACACAGCGUACCUUUGGGUAAAGACGAAAAAAAAGGUGAUAAGAAAGAGAAGAGUAAACACUGUGCUUCGCAGAGGAAACUUAAGCACCUGCUAAAUUAAUUUGGAGUAUUUUCAGCUUUGUAAGCGCAGCAAAAAGAGAAACAAAACUUGUGGUUUGUAUGCUGCAUGAUUAAGGUUGAGAGAAAGUGCAUUCAGGUUUCAUUUCCUCCCUCAGUCUCUCUAAAUUCAAUCUCAUUAUUUUUAUUUUUUUUGAUCAUAUCAGGUUUCUCUAAAUUACGAUAUAUUUCAGCAAAUAUAGAGAGCUAAUUUAUCUUCCACUUUUGACUUAAUGUUGAAUCAAAAGACAGUUUCUGGUUUUUAUUUUGAGCUGUGUCAUUUGUGUGUAUUUGAAGUCUUCUUAUAGUCACAAACAUCACCACUCUCAGCGGUUUGGUUGCCUUGGUCGCAGCUUUCAUAUUUUCCAAUUUAUAAAAACAUUCAUCUUUAUAAGAGAUGCAGGACAUAAAUACAUAUCUUUCUCUUCCCUUUCGCUUCAGAACUUUAAAACAUCUUUUCUGAGUUCUUUAGGUGUUGCAGCGAGCUGGCCUGCUUGCCAAUUAUUUUCUCUGUAGACAACACAAAGCUUUGUCAGUUUCUCUUCUGGCGUCUCCUAAUAACUGACAAGGUGUAGAGUGCUAGCAUCAUUUACUGCUGCCAGCCCUCCCCUCUUCAUCUCUCCAGCCCAGCUUGUUCUGAGUGAGCUGCUCUCUUUCACUCCCUCAGCCUCAGCCACACUCAAUAAGACUCACACUCACUGAACUUCUAUUGUUACUGGUGACCUCCUAACCCUGUUGUGCUGUUGUACCUUUAAUUCUCCAUCAGUUUUAUAGUGACACAUAGAGAGGAUAUAGAUCACAUAGUGUUGUGCAACCUUAGGCGGGUUAUUUUUCUUUUUAAACUUGAAUAUCUAGAUUUGUAUCGACACUUAAGCUGAGAUAGGAGCACAAUCCUGGCUCACCACCAAGCUCACAGGCUGUGGUAUUUUUUUUUUCUAAAACUGUCUACAGAAAUAACAGAGAGUUCAGAAAACAGCAUUUCAGUCGUUACCCUUCAGUAAUCAUUCCCCUUCAGUAAGAGCAGCCAGAGAGUGCUGUUGGUGGUGGACCUGAGUGUGAUUUUAGACUCACCGCUCCCUAAAAGAAAACACAAAGAGGCUCGCCACUUUGUGACUCCUCCAUGAACACACACGCACACGGGGACAGAGACAAAUAAACACAAAUGACAUCAGUUCCUCUUUUGAUUACAUGUGCUCAAAGUGCCCUCUUGUGGUGGUGAGACAGAAAUGAAUGCUUGUCCCAAAAUAUGUCGAAUGCUGGUCUUUGACACGGUACAACAUGACCCUAACCCAAGUUACUCAUGAGAACUUUUAGGGGGUGAAAAAAAACUUCUUUUGUCAAUAAUGCACCCCUCCUUCCCCCUCUAACCUUAAAUCACAACA